CACACACACACACACACACAAACUUCAGCUGAUUUCCUUCGCAGCUAAGCAAGCAAAGGAAGAAUACACAUUACUUCCAAACAAAAAAAGAAGGAAAAGAAACAAAAUGGAAAACAAGAAAUCAAUAAACAAAAACAACUCAAUCUAUGGGUGCAUUAAUGGUAUGAAAAGGAGCCCUUCAGAAUUAGCACUUGAGGAGGUUCUUGCCUCUGUAGAUGACGACAACAAGAAAUUAAUCCCUGAUCACGUCUUUGGAGGGCCAUCCGAUCAUCAUCACCAUAACCCUUUUGCCAAUCAUCUGCAUUUUCCUCUAAAAAAUUCGAAUAUUAUGAAAGAUUUUCCAAGUGAUAUGAUGCCGCCGCAAAACUUCAAUCCGAAUCUGUCAAAGGCAUCGCCAACAAUGGAUUCCCCAUCAUCAAUAUGUGUGGAUAGUCCAACAUCAGGAAUUAAUCCAACGGCUGUGGGAGCUAGCAGUGGCUCAUCACAUGAACAGUCAGAUGAAGAUGACUUGGAAAUAGAAGAAGGUGGCUCAUAUGACCGAGCCAUGAUGACUAACAAACAUGUCGAUAUUAAGCGCAUCAGAAGGAUGGAAUCUAACAGAAAGUCUGCUCGGCGCUCUCGACAAAGAAAACAGGCGCAGUUAACCGAGCUUGAACAGCAGGCUGAACAAUUGAAACGGGAGAACGCAUCCUUGUUCAAACAACUCGCGAAUGCUUCUCAGCAAUUGAAAGACGCCACAACAAAUCAUCGUGUCCUUAAAUCAGAUGUUGAGGCUCUUAGGGCCAAGGUCAAACUGGCUGAGGAUAUGGUUGCCCGUGGGUCGUUGACCUCGAGCCUUAGCCACCUUAUCCAGAAUUAUCUGAACACGCCUGGACAAGACUACAUGAGAAAUAACAACAUAAACUGCCCUGUCUCACCAUUGGUGUCUGCACGUGGGGAUGACAACUCUCCGUAUUCCGGAAUAACAGGCGAUUCGAGCCUUGGGCUCGAUCAAACUGCGGAUCAGCCGUUUAGUGGCAAUGUAACGAAUGGAGCUUUGCCUGAGACUGUGAAUUGCAUGCAGGAUAUGUGGACUUGGGAGUCUCACCAUCUUCCUCCUAAAUAAAUUAUAAACAUAAAUAAAUCAAAAUAAGAAAUGGUAGUUUAAUGUUUUUCUCUUUUUAUUUGAAGUCUUUUAUUUUGUGGCUUUGUGGAGUGAAUUGUUCUAAUUUGUUAUUGGACCAUCUGCAAAUGUGGUGCGUGGUUCAUUCGUUUGACCGUACUAUGAAAUUUGGGGUUGUUUGAAUAUAAAUAUUUAUAUCAAUUAAUAAAUAACAAAUCAAUACGACAUAGAUAUUUAGGAUAUCAUUCGAGAUUUACGGGAUUUUUUUCCGGGAUAAAAUCAAAUCUUAGAUAUUUAUAUAUCUAUGGUCAUUCCAC